CACUCAGACCUUGCCCUGCUGAGCUGCAACAACUCUGACUCUGAAGCCUCUGGACACGGCACUGACAGCUCCAGGGACCCCACACUCCGCAGCUUGUCCCGCAGCCCCAGCCGUGCCCUCGGAGCCGCAGCCAUGCGUGUAGCCGUCAUCGGGGCCGGGGUGAUCGGGCUCUCCAGCGCCCUGUGCAUCCAGGAGCAGUUCCAGAGCCUGCUGCCCUCCCUGCAGCUGGAGAUCUACGCCGACCACUUCACCCCCCACACCACCAGCGACGGGGCAGCCGGGCUGUGGCAGCCCUACGUGAGCGACCGCGGCAACCUGCAGGAGACGCUCUGGAAUAAAGAGACGUUCGAUCACCUCCUUGGGCAGCUGCACUCCCCAGCGGCCAAGGAAAUGGGACUUUUCCUCAUUUCUGGCUACAACCUGUUCAGGGAGCCACCGCCGGACCCAUCCUGGAGGAACAUUGUCCUGGGAUUCAGGCACUUGACACCAAAAGAACUUGAACUCUUCCCUGGUUACAGCCAUGGCUGGUUCAACACGGCGCUGAUGCUGGAGGGCAGGAGUUACCUGCCCUGGCUCACCAACAGGCUGAUGCAGAGGGGAGUGAAGUUUUUCCAUAAGAAGGUUGAGUCUUUCCAGGAGCUGUUCUCCCAGGGUGUGGAUGUGGUGCUGAACUGCAGUGGGAUGCGCUCAGGGGAGCUGCAGCCUGACCCAGAGCUGCAGCCUGGCCGGGGCCAGAUCAUCAGGGUGCUGGCCCCAUGGGUGAAGCAUUUCAUCAUCACUCACGACCUCAAAUCCGGGAUCUACAACUCGCCCUAUGUCAUCCCAGGGAGCGAGUUCACAGUCCUGGGAGGGGUUUACCAGCACGGAAACUGGAGUGAGGAGAACAGUGCCAAGGACCACAAAUCCAUCUGGGACAGCUGCUGCCAGCUGCUGCCAGCCCUCCAGAAUGCAAAGAUCGUCGGGGAGUGGAGCGGGCUGAGACCAGCACGGCCCUCGGUGCGCCUGGAGAGGGAGAGCAUCCGCCUGGGGAAUCGCCAGGCAGAGGUGAUUCACAACUACGGGCACGGCGGCUUUGGGCUCACCAUCCACUGGGGCUGUGCCAUGGCAGCAGCUCGGCUCUUUGGGACCAUCCUGCAGGAGAAGCAGCAGCUGGGCACCCCCCCAGGACACCGUCUGUGAGCUCCUGCUGCCCUGGAAUGUGUGACAAAAAUGGCUUAGGAAUCACAGCAGAAGGAUGGGAACAGCACAGGGAUUCACUUGGCUCUCAGCGUCUCAUUUCCAGGUCGCUGCCAUUUUCCAGAUGUCUCCACUCGCUCCACACCCUGCCUGGAGGAAAGGCUUUCAAAUAUGGACUAAUCACCCGUGGCAAAGUGCACUGAGAGGGCUGUCUGGGGUCAGGCUGGGUUCAGCUGAACACUGCACAGCCCUGCAGUUCAUCUGCACCAGGGGACGGGAUCUGAAACGGAGCUGGGGACACCUGAGGCCUCUGCUGGCUGCUCCAACACCCCAGGGUGUAAUUAGAUUCACAGGCUCCCCCCCAGGAGGCAAAAGCUCCUUAGUAGGAAGAAGCUCUGAGGCUCCCAGGGAAGGAGCAGCAGCUCUGGGAGCACGUGCCUGGCUCACUCCAGUUCCCCUCACAUUCCUGCCAGGACAAAGCUCGGGCCACAGCACCUGCUUAGUGUAGCUGGCACCAGACAGCAGCACUUGCCUAAAAUGGCCUUUCCAAACCAUGUUUUAGCAACAAAAGCAACUUGUUCCAGCCCUGUGGGCUUGCCAGGCUCUAUAUAUAGCAGAGAGCAUAAGAAAAUAGCUCUUCUUGUCCCUAAAACUCCCACGGGCCCCUCAGCUUCCCAUUUCUCCCAGCUUGGAGCGAGGGCCUGGCUUGGGGAAGGUUGUGCUCCUCAAAGGAGGAGCAGGACUUUUUGGGGUGAUCAGGGAUGCUUUUGGGGACCAACACACUGUUCUGAAGACACAGCCUGGCUGAUCUUUCCCUUCCAUGUGUCUUUCCUGCUUUACAAACCAAUCCCAGCCAGGAUGGUGAGGAAGCCUCAGAUCCAAAGGCUGUGGUGAGCCCAGCACAGUGCCUGGCUCACUCUCCUGUGUGGAUAAGCCAAGUGCUCCUUACUCAUCCGUGGUGCAGCUCCUGUCUCCUGCUGACUCUGUGUGCCAGGAAUAGCUCAGCAGCGUGGGCACCUCCCUGCUGGGCUCAGCAGACACAGCUGGGCUGAGGGAAUUGGGAGCCACUGUCCAAAGCAUUCCCAGCUUCCCUGGAAAUGCUGCAGUCACUGGGUAAAGUCAGGAAAACAAAGGCUGGAGGAAAUUCCCUGCUGAUUAAUGCUGAACUCAAGGGUCUGUGAUGCCACCUCAGGAAAAGCCAUUCAGGGGAACUGGAGCCCUUCAUUUAUUCCAAAUAUGAGACAUUCAGGAGCUUGUUCUCUGCUGCAAAUCCAGCCCCACUUUGGUGAUUUUGGGAAAAUUCCACUGGACAAACAGGGGUGUAGGAAAUCACUGUACACCUGACAAGAAGCAGCUGAUUCUUUGAUCUCAGAGCCUGCAGGAGCCCUGUGAUCCCACGUGGCCUCUGGGCAAACAGGAGUGAGCUGAUCUGUAAUUACAUUUGCAGGUUAACUCUGUCUGUUUUCUAAAGGCCUCAAUUUAAUCUGUGUGACCAAUAAAGGGAAUGUUCAAA